AUGGCUGCCAAUGCUGCUCAUAGCAAAAGCCGCCACCACGAUGUUCUUGUCAUAGGUGCCGGCAUGUCCGGACUGGCCUGUGCAUCACGCCUUCACGAGCAUCGACAUUUUCAAGAACAAGGCCGACUUCUGGUCCUAGAGGCAAGAGAUCGCAUUGGCGGACGCAUCGAAUCUGUUCAUGUCAACGGCCAUCGCCUUGAUACUGGCGCGAACUGGAUUCAUGGUGUGGGGACGAAGUCAAAGCCAAAUCCUCUAAUGUCGAUUUUACCCCAUAAACGAUACAAAUCGCUCAGUGGCACAGUUGCAUUUUCAGUGCCUACAAACGCGAAAAGUCAGAAUAUGGAACGCGAUAGUGACCCUAUCAAUUCUAAUCAGGUCCAGGCCUCUGAUCUCGUAAUACCAGCGAGUACGGCAGGAACAAUCAUGGGCGCAUUUUGGGACAUGUUCGAGUCACUGCAUGAAACUGCAGUCUCCAUAGCUCCUGAUUCUGCAAAAAAGACCACCGCGUUGAAGAGCAUAAAGCAAAACACGGAUUUCCUCAGAACACUCAGCGAUAUUCCAGAGCAGUAUCGCCCGACUCUCGGAUCAAUGCCUCAGUUCGUGGAAGUCGUGGAAGCCGCUCCGCUUGCAGCGCAAUCUGCAGAGCAGGAAAAAGGUGAGGCUGGACUAGGACUGCUUGAGUUUGCAAUCGAUGACUUCGAAGGCGAGCAUGUAUUUUUGCAAGAUGGCUACACCCAGAUCGUCGAGGAGGUUGGCAAAGAUCUGGUGGCGGCCGGCAUCGUUGAGUUGGGAGUGGAAGUGGAGCGAAUCGAUUGGACUUCACGGCCAGUGCGUGUCGAGACGAAUCAAGGAACCUAUACUGCAGAUCAGGUCGUUUGCACUCUUCCUCUAGGCGUGCUACAGCACGACGUGGAGAACGUGGGCAAGGUCACAAGCAGCUCUCUAUUCUCGCCAGCUCUGCCUGCUGACAAACAAGAGUCAGUGCAGAAGCUCGGCUUUGGCACAUUGGAUAAGAUACUACUUGUAUACCAGGACCCAUGGUGGGUCAAAAAGCCCUGGAUAACAUUGUGGAAAAAAGGAAUGAUCAACAAUGCUCCAGGAUCAGAUUCUAGCGGAGAUGGUGGCAUCCAAGAACUCGAUAAAACCUCUCCAGACGUCUUCAUGGGCUUUACCGCAGAAUUACCAGGAAUACAACUCAACACGGAUGGUACGACAGCAGCUGGCCCACGACUGCUUUCCAUCAUGAACCUACAGGACUUGACAGAUAAGCCGGCGCUGAGUUGUUUCGUGGCAUGCUCCAACGCAGUCCAGAUAGAGGCAAUGUCGGACGACCAGGCCAGCGGCAUCGUACAUCGAACUUUUACUCAGUGGCUCGGACGAGAGCCUCCUCGCCCCAGUGCAGUGCACGUCACUCAAUGGGCUUCGGACAAGUACUCAAGAGGAAGUUAUAGCCACAUGAUCAAAGACUUGUCAGAGUUCAGACAUCGUGUUGCUUUCCAGGAGCCGUUGUCAAGUCCAAAUGGCGGAAUCGUGCGCUUUGCUGGAGAGCAUACUGAUGUGGAUCACUUCGCCACUGUGCACGGCGCUCUCAUCAGUGGAUGGCGAGAAGCAGAUGCGAUCUUGAACAGCCUCAAAGUGGCUUCAAAUGAGAACAGAACGACAACAGGAUGA